UAAAACUCUAUCAAUAUCGUUACCGCUCGAACGUCACAUGAUUACGAACCCUCAUCGCUCUGACGGAUCGUUACAGACGAUCGGACGAGUUUGUUUGACAGCGUUAAAGGACGUAUUUUCGGCGAAUUUUCGAGCGUUGGCGCGAAAAGCGGAUGCAUCGCUAUUAGAUUAAAUCCAAUUUCUCUGCACGGACGAUCUUAUCGGUGAGAAUGAAGAUCUGCGGACCCAAGUACGCUCUGUGCGGUCUAAUAUUGUCCGUUUGGGGCAUAUUUCAAUUGCUUCUCAUGGGAGUCUUCUUCUAUGUGCGGAGCGUAGCACUGGUAGAGGACCUCCCUCUGGAAACAGAGAAGUUCACCUCGCUGGAAAACUUUUACGACGUGGUGGAUCGCGGUUACACGCAGAACGCGUACAACUGUUGGAUCGCUGCGUGUAUCUAUGUUCUUACUUUUCUCUUUUCGGGGCAUCAGUUCUACCUCAAUUCCAGAUCGUCUCUUAGCGUAUAAGCCAAUAUCCAGUGGAUGUUCAAGGAUGCUGCAGAGCAUCCAAUUUGUAAUUCUGUACAGCUGCAAAACAAGUAUACUUCAAAGAUUUAAUUAUAGCUGUAUUAAUUGUCAUUGCAUUAUAUAGCUAUAUAAUUAAAUUGUGUAAUCCAAACGCAAUAUUUGCCUGUGGCAAAAUGCUCGGCAUUCGAAUGUUUCUACAAGAACGACGAGGAGAUAUAAUUUAUCAUAAAUGUAUAUUAGCGACAUUUCCACAGGUAUCUGUACACACUAUCAUAUAUCAAUAUAACUGAAAUAUGGAGUAGACAAAUUAUGCAAUUUGUAGGAGUUUCAUGAUUUGUUUUGCUUAUCAUAUAGAGAUAAUAUAUUUCAGUCAUUAAAUUUUAAUUCUACUUUAUAUUACAUACAUUAUUAAUAUAAUAAUAUAUUUAAUAAAUUGUUCGAUGAAUAAUAACAA